AUGAGCCCCGCUGUCAUGGCUGCCGCUGCUGCUGCUGCCGCUGCUGCUGGGUUGCCUGCAGGGUGGAUUGGACCGCCAAUGGGGCCACGACACCUGGCGGCGCGCCGUGCUUCUGCUGCUGCUGCAGCUGCGGUGGCGGCUGGCGGGAUGGGGAUGAGGGGAGGGCCGUUGGGGGGGAUGGGAGGGGGGAGAGGGGGCGCUGGAGGGAUGGAGGAGCUAGUGGAGUUGCACAGGAGAGGGGGGGAGCAUGUGGGAGGGGGAGGGCCCAUCCGGGGGAGGCACAGCCUGCGGGAAGCUGCCGCGCUACGCCGCCCGGAGCAUCUAGCGGCAGCUGGGUUUGGAAGAGGCGGCAUGCAUGAGGUUUGGCGGAGGGACGGGUGGAGGGAGGCAGGCAUGAGGGACCAUUUUGCACUGGAGAUGUGGAGGGGGGGUGGGGGGAGAGGCAGUGACGGGGGAAGGGCGGAGGGGAGGAGGGAUUCGGAUGGGGGAAGGAUGGGGUGGGACGAGCCUGGAGGCAAGGAGAAUGGGGUGAUGGGGGGAGGGGAGAGAGGGGGGCUUGGUCCCCCCACACCUUCUGGGGGAGGCCCAGGGGGAAGGGGGGGGAUGGGGGGGUUUCAGGCGGAGGGGAAGGGGAGAGGGGGGUUUCACCCAUCGCCUGGAGCAGGGGAGGGGGAGUGGGGGGCGAUGGGGAGCGGAGGGGAAGCAAGGGGAGGGGGAGAGAGGGGGGAGAGGGGAGGGGCGACAGGAGGGAGGUCUGGGGGAGGGGGCAGUGAGUGGGGCUCGCCUGUAGGAGCAGGAUCGAGUGGGCGGAAGCAGCAAGCAAGCGGAGAGGGAGGGGGAGGAGGCAGUGGGGGAAAGGAGAUGUUACGAUCUGCUAACGGGCACCGCCGGUAG